GGAACAUUCCAAAUAUUUUGCCUUCAAAAGUCAAGCUGCUGCUAAAAUAACCUAGGCUACCUCUUACAAGUCCACAUAGGUCGUAGUUCAAAACUAGUCGUGUUUCGAACUUCGGCAUCUAAAGCUUUAUCCUCGAGAUUGUCUGAAAGAUGUCAUCACCACAGCUGUCGCCAGUGAUACGCACAGGGCGUCAGAUGAUGGCUGUGCCUUCCCCAAGAAGCAGCGCCAAGUCUCUGGUGUCAGAACCUGUAGUAAGAAGAAAAGAAACAAAUCCUUUCCGAAUGCCGGACGACAGCAGCAUCUUUGUCUUGAGGAAUGAAGAGAGGGAACGCAGGAAAAAGGAGCUGGAGGAGCAGCACAGGCUGAAGGUCCAUGAGAAAGUGACCUUUGCAGGGCGGAUGAGGGCCGGCGGGGCCCGGCAGAGGAAGAAGGUUCUGGAAGAGCCUCUGGAGGACGGCGAUGGACACGCCCGACCCCCUGGGGCCCUCAAGCCCGCGUGGACGGCGGCCAUGAUGAAAGAUCGCAAUAUUGAUCGGGAGAGCAUGAGUGAAUACAUCUCAAAGAAGAGGGAAAUGUUUCUGAUGGAGUACUCCUUAGAGGUGAAGAAGCAGGAGAUUGAGCGGCUCGAGACUACGGCCACAUCCAUGGAGAAGAAGCUUGAAGAGGCUGAGCACUUCCUGGAGGAGGACAGUGCCAUGUUUGACGAGUUCCUCAAGGAGAAUGACAGGAAAUCAGUGGCAGCCAUCAAAAUGGCAGAGCAAGAGACCAAACUAAAACUUGAGAAGGUGCUUGAGAUCAAGAGACUCUCUGCCAAAAUUGUGGCUGUUAAGAGUGACAUCUCUAAGUAUGAAGACAACCUGAAGGAGUACACGCUCUAUAAGGACUUCCUGUUUAAGCUCUCUCCACCAGAGUGGCAGGAGGAGCAGCGGGCCAGGAGACAGAGGCUCCAGCAGGCCAGGGCCAAGGAGCGAGAGAAGGACGCAGAGAAGGACGCCCUCAGCAAGAGUCCCAACAGAAGCUCCACUGGAGAGAAAUCUGCCGCUGGACAGAGGGGUAGCAUAUUAAACCAGGGUCUGCCCCCUGUCAGAGAGGCCAAGAGGCUGCCCACUCCAGGCUCCACAGAACUACAGAGUGACAAAUUAGGGAAAGCAUCUGAAACUGAUGAUGACAGUUCGGAAUAUGAGAUGCUGCUGCUGCUGCUUUGGCGCCCUCUGCAGGAUGAACCAGCGCUGUACUUCACCGAACCACAGCAGCUUGUCGACCUGCUCACGGAGCUGGAGGAGCAGAACCUUUCUAUGGUCCAGAACGCCUGUGAGACCGAGGAAACCCUGGAGGAGUUCCGCAAGGUCAUGGAAGUGACACGCAAGGAAAUGGAUUCCGAGUCUGCGGAGCUGAAGAAGCAGCUCGAGGUCAUGACCUCAGCCAUCCAGCGGGAGCAGGAGAAGGUGGCGGAGUUGGAGCUCAGAGCCAGACUCUACAGCUUUGGCCACUUAAAGAACGACGACCAGGACAACAUGUUGCACACCCUCAGAGGGAAGGUGGAGGAGGUCCACCGCUGCUGUGUGGGCGACAGUGGAGCCAACCUCAGCACGCUGCAGAUGCUGACCAACAUUGAGAACCGGCUGGGCGACCUCAUGGAGAGGAUGGAGACCAUCCCCAAGGACCGGCUCCAGAUGGCCGAGAAGGCCAAGGAGAGGGAGAGGAGAAUUAGGAUGAGGGAGGAGAAAUUACACCAGCAAAAGCAACUACAGGAGGAUAGGAUCAAAAAGGCUCUGGAGAGGUCUCAGGCUGAAAACAAGAAAAAAGUGGGCAAAAAGCUUAUGACGAGAUCUCAGCCCCCGUCUCGCAAGCUGAAUGUCAUCCAGAAAACAGAUUUCUCUGACAAAGAGAGAGAGGACCAUCAGUUCUUUUUCACUUAAAAUGGGUCAUUGGGUCAGUGGGUCCAAGGGGCACCUGUGACACUGACACCAUCGUCAUCUUAAAUUAGCCAUAGCAGUAGUCAGGGGAAAUGUGUACAACUGUAAAUAAUGUCUCGUGACUGGGCUGCAGGUACAAUUAUUUAACCACAAAGUUGAUUGGAUUUGACAGGUCCUCUGUAGAGGCGUUGUAGUGCAUGGGGUGUUGUAGAUAUUGGACGGCAACAAUAUGUUAUUUGGAAAUCGUGAGGCCAGUAUGGUCAUGUUAGUAAGUUACAUGACUUAUUCUAAUUCCUUCUUACAGGAUAUCCAAACUAAACCAUCUGGCACUGAGCUACAUGUUUUAGAAUCAUUACAUUUAUUUGUUGUCUUUAAAAGGUAGUUUUUCUAAAUUGUGAAUGAGACCAACUGCAAGGAAUGUGAGCAUUUUUCUUGAAAGUAAAGUCAUGGAUUUGUAGCAAAAACUCAGUUGCCUGUCUUUCUUAGAUUGAGCCAUGU